AUGGUAACCCCUAAAUGUGUGUUUCUUCUUUGUGAGGAGCUGGGAUUGAGCCCUGUGGUCGCAUAUCAGGCCAUCGAAAUACUGGAGAGGUUUACAGCCAAACAUAUUGAAGAUCUGAUCCGCAGCCGCAAUUAUUCAUCUGACACUGAGGACACCAGAAACUGUGCAGAUCUCAUCUUCCAAACGCUCAAGCACAAGUUCUUCCUGUUCAUCAUUUCAAGCAUUCAGAUCGCCAGCAAACUGGAUCUGUACACCAAUGUCGUCAACAAUGACAUUGCGAUGAGAUUUCUGCAGGCGCUCAGUUACCCUUCCUCCAAAAAGCAGCUCUUGGACUCUGAGAUUUUCAUUUUAAAAACGCUCAACUUUAAUCUGAACGUCCCCAAUCCUGUUACGUACGUGGAGACCCUUUUGGAAGUGCUGGGCCACAAUGACGCAUCUGUCCCUGUUGCACAACUACAUGACCAGUGUGUGCCUGUGCUGCAGUUUAUUUACCUACAGAGGGAGACAAUCUACAACUCAUUGCUCAUUGCUGCCAUUGGAUGUCCCAGUCCUUCCCAUGAGCAAAGAGCCAAGUUUGUGUCGGUGACAGAGGACUUCAUGCUUUUGGGAGUUGGAGUCAUCGCUGUGGCCGCCUUUAUUCAUCAUAUCUCAACGUGUGAAAAGGUGGUGGAGGAGCUGGCAGAAAUCACAGGCAUUUCAGCCCAGAGCAUCAUGGACUUUGCGCAUGUCACACUGAUGCACAUCACCGACAACACAUCCAAGUGAUGAUUUUUUAGUGUGUUAAAAUAGUCUGAAACAAUCGGUUGUCUAGAAUAUGGGAAUAUAAUAAUAAUAAUAGGGGAAUAAUAAUAUAAAAUAAUAGGUGAAUAGAUUAGAGUUGUUUGAGGACUGAACUAUAAAAAUGCUUUACUUAAAUGUUUUGUUUCUAGUCAAGAUAUUAAAAAAAUUCUUCAAUCAAGAAGCGUU